AUGUGCUGGGAUUAGCAGAGAUGAUACCUUCAGGGAAAGAGGAGGCCCAGAUGAUAACUUAAUUGAAGGUGGCGGAUCCAAGUUUGUCUGCAAACCAGGAGCCAGAAACAUUACCAUCAUCUUUCAUCCCCUCCUCAGAUUUAUCCAGGAGAUAGAGCAUGCCAUGGAGCUGGGCCCAACCAAGCAGUGUCCGCUCCGCGAGUUCCUCACCAUGUACAUCAAGAACAUCUUCCUCAACCAGGUCCUGGCUGAGAUCAAUAAAGAGAUCGAAGGUGUCACGAAAGCAUCUGAUCCCCUGAAAAUCCUGGCUAAUGCAGAUACCAUGAAGAUCCUGGGUGUGCAGCGGCCUCUUCUGCAGAGCACGGUGAUCGUGGAGAAGACCGUUCAAGACCUGAUGAACCUGAUGCACGACUUGAGCGCCUACUCGGAUCAGUUCCUCAACAUGGUGUGUGUGAAGCUCCAGGAGUACAAGGACACCUGCACCCUUGCCUACAGGAGCAUCGUGCAGUCGGAUGAAAAGCUGGUGAUCAGUGCCUCCUGGGCUAAAGACGACGAUAUUAGCAGGCUCCUGAAAUCUCUGCCCAACUGGAGCAACAUGGCCCAGCCCAAGCAACUGAGACCCAAGAGAGAGGAGGAGGAGGACUUUAUAAGGGCGGCUUUCGGCAAAGAGUCAGAAGUUCUCAUCGGCAACCUGGGGGAUAAACUCAUCCCUCAACAGGAGAUCCUGCGAGAUGUCAGUGACCUGAAGGCCUUGGCCAACAUGCACGAGAGCCUGGAGUGGUUAGCAGGUCGCACCAAGGCAGCCCUCUCCAACCUCUCAGCCACCCAAACCAUGUCUCCUGGCCAGGACAGCCAUGCCAGUCUGGAACACCUCCCAGCAUCUGAGCAGAUCCUGCAAACCCUGAGCGAGCUGGCCAGGUCCUUCCAGGAGAUGGCUGACCGCUGCCUGCUGGUUCUGCAUUUGGAAGUCAGAGUUCAUUGCUUCCACUAUCUGAUCCCACUGGCGAAACAAGGGAACUACGCCAUCGUCGCCAACGUGGAGAGCAUGGACUAUGACCCUCUCGUUGUCCGGCUCAACAAGGACAUCAGUGCCAUCGAGGAAGCCAUGAGCGCCAGCCUCCAGCAGCACAAGUUCCAGUACAUCUUUGAAGGUUUGGGCCACCUGAUUUCCUGCAUUCUUAUCAACGGCGCCCACUACUUCAAGCGCAUCAGUGAAUCUGGCAUCAAGAAAAUGUGUAGGAACAUCUUCAUCCUGCAGCAAAACCUGACAAACAUCACCAUGUCUCGUGAGGCUGACCUGGACUUUGCAAGGCAGUAUUACGAGAUGCUCUACAACACAGCAGAUGAGCUGCUGAACCUGGUGGUGGAUCAAGGGGUGAAGUACACAGAGCUGGAAUACAUCUACGCCCUGAACUUACUGCACCGGAGCCAGACGGGGGUGGGAGACCAAACCACCCAGAACAUGAGGUUGCAGCGGUUGAAGGAGAUCAUUUGUGAGCAGGCUGCUAUCAAACAGGCCACCAAGGACAAGAAGAUCACCACCGUGUAAUCUGCUCUCUGGCUCUUAUGAACCUGCCAGGCUGCAGGUCCUCCACGUCUCUGUUAUAAUCAAAGGCAAAAGUGCCUGUUUUCUGGGUGGCAUCGUACUGGUGAGAAGGGAAAUGCCAUGUGUAAUUUGGUUUUGGGGUUGUUUUGGGGAUUUUGGGUAUGUAAUCACGUAACGCUUCUUUAACGUGCUCUCCCAAGACCGUGUUCUCCAAGCAGGAACAGGUUAUCCUGGUGGAGAUUUGGGUGGGAUAUUUGACUUUGCUGUGUUGCUGCUGCUUUGCCUUGAGAUGGAAGGCAAGCUGAUGCCUGGUGGGGUGGGAAUAGAGAAGAUGUCACACUGGGUGAGGUCAGAGUCUUCAGGGGAAGUUCAGACCACGCUAUGACAGUGGAAGUGCAGACCUGUUGCUCACAGGUGGGAUCUUGAUGGUUUUGAAGCCUCUUUGAGCUCUGCCAAUACUAUUCUCCGUGACAGUUGUAGACACAUUAAGUUUUCUGCUGUUUCCACUGCAAAGAGAUCCAGCUGCUUAUUCCUUCAGACAGCGAGAAGCCAGUUCUCUUAGUGGGAGGUAACAUGGGACCAUUUGUUUCCACUUCGACUUCUUCAUUAUCUCAGAGCCAUAUGGCAUCGGUUCCUACAGCGCGUUCUGCACCGGAUGAUGGUGGAUGUACGUAGGAGAAAAUUGCCAAUAUAAGGUAAUAGUGAAACUUAAUUCUAUUUUUUUUUUUUUCUGAAGAUGUCUUUUGAGCCUCCCCAGCUCCAAAAGAUAUUUUGUAAUUGGCAUUUGAUUUGAAGGACACGCAGGCUUAUGUAGCUCAGCGCUAGGGAUCAGCGAGGGUAGGAAGAGGGCAGGUCCCAGCUCUGAAGUCUCUGAGAUGUUCUCAGGUCACUAUUUCUGCCCUGCCUUGACCAUGCAAAGCCACCCUGUAGAAGGUUCCUUAUUCUCUGAGGGUGAGGAGUUUAUACCAUUCCUCCAAAGCAAGAAUACACUGCACUUGUAUUUGCCAAGUCAAUUGUCAACCCAGCUGGGUUUACCAUGCUGAGAUGGGUUCCCUCUGAGCUGUGAAACUGCUUGUGUGUCACUCUUGAAACUGCAAAAUUAAAGGAUGUUUA